ACACCAAACACCAAAGAGAGAUUGAUGGAUGCAUCCAUCCAUCCAUCCAAGACCAAGAGUGAAAGGGAGGGACCUAACUGCAAAUUCUUGCUCUGCUCUGCUCUGCUCUGCUCGCUGUCGCCGGCGCCCGGCAGCCGACGACAGGCAACAACCGCAGCGCAGCCUUCCUUCCUUCCGGAUCCAUCUACUCGUACUAGUUAUCUACUACUCCUACUUUACUUACUAGAGUCGAUUCCAUCAGGGAAGCAUAUAGACUAGUCCAGUAAAUAGAAAUCAAGAAAGAUCGGCGAUGAGCGCAUCUCGGUUCAUCAAGUGCGUGACGGUGGGGGACGGCGCCGUGGGAAAGACAUGCCUCCUCAUCUCAUACACAUCCAACACCUUCCCCACAGACUAUGUCCCAACAGUUUUCGACAACUUCAGCGCUAACGUCGUGGUUGACGGCAGCACCGUCAACCUCGGAUUAUGGGAUACUGCAGGACAAGAAGACUAUAAUCGACUACGCCCACUAAGCUACCGUGGUGCCGAUGUCUUCCUGCUCGCCUUUUCUCUCAUCAGCAAAGCAAGCUACGAGAAUGUCACUAAGAAGUGGAUUCCAGAGUUACGGCACUAUGCUCCUGGCGUGCCCAUAAUUCUUGUUGGAACAAAGCUUGAUCUGCGGGAUGACAAGCAGUUUUUUGUGGAUCACCCUGGCGCGGUUCCUAUUUCCACUGCUCAGGGUGAAGAGCUGAAGAAGGUGAUUGGCGCGACUGCCUACAUCGAGUGCAGCUCAAAAACACAGCAGAACAUCAAGGCGGUGUUUGAUGCGGCGAUCAAGGUGGUCCUCCAGCCUCCGAAGCAGAAGCGGAAGAAGAGGAAGUCACAGAAAGGAUGCAGCAUCUUGUAAAACUAAAAUCCCUUUUGUUUUGCAGUGUCUCGCUUCGAUCAAAGGGAUCAUCAUCAUCAUCAUCGCCCAGCCUCGCCUCCCCUCUCCUCCCUUUGUCGCUGCUGCUGUUGUUGCUGUUGUAUAAUAUAUAAUUUGGCUUGAUAAGUAAGAUAUGUAUGUAGGUUUGACAUAUUUUGUUAAGAAUUUGCAGGCAGCAGCUGCUCAUGA